AUGGCGGUCGAUAUCAAAGUCCAAUCUGGGGAACCGACCGACCGCAUUGGCCUCCGCAACACCGCUGGCCGUUUCCCGCUCAAGUUGUUGACUCCCUCGUUUACGAAACGAUUUAUCUCGAUAAAACAUCAUGAUUAUACAAUGAGCUCGACAAAUUUUGCCGCUGCUCAGGAGCGCGUUCUGGAACGUCGUCGUCUCCGCGAAGCCGAAGCUCGCGCUAGAUUUGCGGAACAGCAGCGGACGUCGCCGGUUAACCAUCCUGCGUUCCAGAGACUCCCUUAUCCUUUGAAUAGAUUACCUGUCUCAGGUCUCUCAUUCUGGAAUACGAUAAAAGGUCGCGAGGGCAAUAGGCCUGCUUUCCGUGUUGGACAGGUCGAUGCUGAACUCUUGGAUGAGGAACUGUUAGGGUUACUGAAAGGGCAAGUCGGGAAUGCUUUGAAGUAUUUCGGGCCCCAAGCCCGUGAGGACUGGUCCCACGAAAUCCAAUUUGCUCUACGUGCAAUCUUAUUCAAGCUCUCGAUUUGGGACCACAACGCAUCUUAUGGAGCGGCCUUACAAAAUUUGAAAUACGUAGACACUCGCAGCAAGGGCCCGAUUCACUCAGCCCCAACAAAGUGGCAGAAGUCCUUGUAUGGUCUACUCACAGUUGGUGGUCGCUACGCCUGGGAGAAAUGGGAGAGCUGGUUGAUCAACCAAGAAGGCGGCUAUGACGAGCCGUCCCGAGAAGUGCGGAUACUGGCUCGUAUGACAGAUCUCAUUUCCACGACACACUCGAUCGCAGCUUUCAUCUCUUUCCUUGUAUUCUUAGUUAACGGUCGAUACCGAACAUUAGUCGACCGUAUCCUUCGCAUACGCCUCACUCCUCCCUCCGCACAGGCAAGCCGCGAGGUGUCGUUUGAAUAUUUGAAUCGACAACUUGUGUGGCACGCAUUCACGGAGUUCCUUUUGUUCCUGCUGCCUCUCGUGGGAAUCAGCAGAUGGCGACGAUGGAUAUCCCGAGCGUGGCGGAGAACAAUGUCUAGUAUUAGAUCAAGUGAUGGAGACUCCGAAGAAGCUGAGAAGCAAGGAGAGUUAGCAUUCCUUCCCGAAAGGACCUGCGCAAUAUGUUACAAAGCGAGUAAUCCAGAGUCCGCAACAGAAAGCGAAGUGAUCGCUGCAUCGGCGGCCUCUGGGGGUAUCCUCGGGUCCGCGCAGACGGACAUUACAAAUCCUUAUGAGGCAAUCCCAUGUGGCUGCGUAUACUGCUUCGUCUGUUUAGUGCAAAAGGUCGAGGGAGAGGAAGGAGAAGGUUGGAUUUGUCUACGCUGCGGUGAGAUUGUUAAGAAAUGCAAACCCUGGCACGGUGAUGUCCUUGAGGAGGCUCGACCUCAGUCAAGCUCAGGGAAAAUUGUUGGCUUUGCUGUAGACGAUGAUUCUGGUGCCCCUCGUGAUGAGCCUGAGAAAGGGGUGGAUGGUUCCGUUGAGAAAUCGGGCCCACUGCAGGACUCUAUCUCAGAUGAAGAGCUACAACACUCUGGCCAGUGGUCUACGAUUGGCCGAGAAUCAGAUUAG